GGACAUCCGGCCCCGCCCCCGGCCCCGCCCCUCCCCCCGGGUCUGUUCGCCCCCUCGGAGGACCGCCCCCUCUCCGGCCUGGCCGCCGCCCUCGCCGGAGCCAAGCUGCGCAAGGUGUCCCGGGGAGAGGAUGCAGGGGCGGCUCUGGCUGCAGCGAUGGCGGGGGCCCUUGGGGGGAAACCGGAGGCCCGGGGGAACGGGCCUCUGCCUGGGGGAGGCGGCCUCAUGGAGGAGAUGAGCGCCCUGCUGGCCAGGAGAAGGAGGAUUGCAGACAAGGGCUCCUCUCCUGAACCAGAACAGAGAUCAGAGGAUGGUGAUGUCAACACAACCCCUAAAGUUUCGGCCUGUAGCACGCCAGACAUGCCGAGGAAGCCAUGGGAGAGGGCCAACACCAUGAACGGUAGCAAGUCUCCGGUGAUAGGAAGAAGAGAGUCUCCGUGGAGGAAUGCCAUGUCUGCAGACCCCUCCAGCAGGCCUAGGUCUACUCCUCCCCCGACUGGAUCUCUUAGUGCCAACGGAGUGUCGGCCGAACCGCUCGACUACGACCGCUUGAAACAGGACAUUCUGGAUGAGAUGAGGAAGGAGCUGUCAAAACUAAAAGAAGAGCUCAUUGAUGCGAUCCGAGAGGAGCUGGGGAAGUCCAGCACGGCGUAGAGGCGUGACAACUUCCUGUUCCAACACAUCUACUUCCUGUUGAGCUGGCAUCGAACCCAGACCCCUCGGAGCGACAGCGACCACCACCACCACCACCACCGCGGGGGUUACCAUGACAACAGAUCAACCAAUCAGGAGGACAGUGAUGUCUUUAUGCAAGAUGGCGUCUCUGUGCAGGGGGGUGGGGGAGACGGACAGACCCCCCCCCGAGGAUACUGUUGAACGAGUCUGUUUCCCAUAAUGCCAUAGGGUAGCGAGCGUGUGUGUGAGUAUGUGUGUGCGUGAGUGUGAGAGUGAAGGGGGGGUGGGGGUGUCUGUCCACACCUACAGGACUCUGAUAACUCUGUCUUCCUUCAACAAUAUUUUAAUCUCAAUAUGUACAAAAGAGAGUAAAAACAAAACUAUUUAGAAAAAAAAAAGUGUAAAUCUAUAAACCAACCAUGUUUGUGUUGACGUGUAGAAGCGAGGCCGGUAUGAAGUAGCUAAUCACUCUCCGCGGGUCACUUCACGGUCCCGCCUCUCUUUCUCUCUCUCUGUGACCUCACGGCCUUCUGUCAGACAGGAAGUCCCUCCCUCCUGCCCUCCGUGUCGCCCCGUGGCGAGGACUCACGCCGCCGUAGCUUUCUACCAAACCUUUCAUCAACAAGUGCUGAUUUCUAACCGUUAGCGUGCUAAGCCUCCGCGGCCGGCCACGUAGAUCGAGUUAUUUGAGCUUUUACCGUGUGCAAAGCGACUUAAAACGCGCGUCUUAAUUUGAACUUUGAACCAGCUCUCUGGCGCCCCCAAGCUGUGCACGUGGGAUUGUUUGUUUUUUAUUAUAGAACUACGGUGAAAGACGUCAAACUGCCAAGACAUGAGGCCCAUCUAGGACAGUUUAUCACGAGCAAUAAGUGUAGCAUGAGUCUAAACAUCUCCACACGUCCCCUCCAACACCCCCCACCCCCCAGAGAGAGACUAAAUACCUAUCCUCUAAAAAUUUGCAGAAAAUGUUUGUCUUUUUUUUUCUUUGGUUUAAUAUUUAACUUCCUAAAUAUAAACCCCUUUUUAAACCCUUCUCAUUUCAUGCAUUUUUUUGUUCCUAUGAAAAUCCGGAUGCUGAUGUGUGUGUCAGCCAUGUGUGACCCCAUAGGAGUCCAGGGGUAAAGAACCUGUGUGUCAGCCAUGUGUGACCCCAUAGGAGUCCAGGGGUAAAGAACCUGUGUGUCAGCCAUGUGUGACCCCAUAGGAGUCCAGGGGUAAAGAACCUGUGUGGAGACGGGACUGGGCCCAUGCCACCGCCACUGGGCCGCAUCAUGUAUUGUUUCUUUUUACUUUUAUUCUGCCUUCUCCUGUCAUCAAAACCUAAUAACGAUAUGCCUGAGAAGUGUUGGUUGGUUCUGAAGUGUUUAAGGUCGGAGGUCAUAGGUCAGAGUAGGUACAAUCAUCAGAAAGAGUCUAGUCGACACCAUGACCUCGGCUGUAAGGUACCAGAGAUAUACACGGUACCAGAAAUAAAGUACACAAGGUACCAAAAAUAAUGUGUACAAGGUACCAGAAAUAAAGUAUGUAAGGUACCAGUAAUACCGUAGGCUAUGUAAGGUAGCAAACAAAACACACAAAGUACCAUUGAUAAUGAGGUGCUCUGGUAUUUAUUAUGCGGCCUUCGGUCAGAGGAGGUUGUUGAAGGGAAAGGAGGGGAGGCGUACACUCAGGAGAGAAGGGGUACACUCUCAGGAGAGAAGGGGUACACUCAGGAGAGAAGGGGUACACUCAGGAGAGAAGGGGUACACUCUCAGGAGAGAAGGGGUGCACCUUAAGAAGAGAAGGGGUACACUCUCAGGAGAGAAGGGGUACACUCAGGAGAGAAGAGGUACACUCUCAGAAGAGAAGGGGUACACUCUGAGAAGAGAAGGGGUACACUCUCAGAAGAGAAGGGGUACACUCUGAGAAGAGAAGGGGUACGGAGACCAGAGGAUCCGAAUCACUCCACAAAGUCGCCUUUUUUUUUUCUUUGUCUGUUUUACCUGCUAUAUCGGGGUCCCCACUGGGAAAGUAUAUGGUUUUCACAUGGUUUCCUCUAUCUGUGAUACGAGAUGGUUUGUGCCUUGUUCUGAAGUCUAACAUGUUGAAGAUUUAAAUGACUAAUGUUGAUAUAGGGACACAUUAUCUUUGUUGUUUCAUUGUCCACUAUUUUCCCCGCCUCUGCAUCACCUUCCUGCUUUUAUAUAGUUCAUUUAUUUAUGUAAAACGGCGACUUUGCGUACUGUUUGACGUUGGGGAGUUGAAACCGGGGGGACCACUUUGAAAGCUAGCAGGCUUGUUCGGACCCUGCUACAAACCCUGGGUGCCUCUGAACCCUGAACCCUAUCGGACAUCAAACCCUCCUCCUAGAGAGCAGACCAACACCUCGGAUUAUUAUGGGAUGCGGACGGCGUCGGCAGAAUCCACGGGAGCGUUUGCAGUCAGAAGACGAUGUAAUCAUCCACAUUGUAGGCUACCAUACUGUUGUCAUGUUACCUAGAAUUUUCUUACAUGCUAACAUAUUGUUUUGUUUGAAUAAAAAAAUAAAAAAAUGCAAUACACGAA